CUACAAAACACAAUCACUACUAGUAGUAGUAGUAUGACUUGUACUUGUUGACGUUGUGGUAAUAGCACUACCAAGAGUACAUAAACCUGUAGAUCUACUCUUUGCACUCAUUCGUAGUAGUAGAUCUACCUCGAGCUCCUUUAUUUUGCAUUCGUAGUCGUAGAGAACGAUGUCAACACCGACACCGUAGACUAGUGUUGAGUCGAGUGUAGCAAAAGUGCAGCUAGCUAGUGACACCAGCUCAGACACGUCGGAGAACCGCAACUCUGACAUACUGCUGUAUUCUGCGGUAGGUCUUCACCCCGUCGCGGCCGGUAUCUCACAGAAGAUCGAUCGCAACAGUGGCCUAUGCAUAGAUUGCCUUUAGUGGGAAGAGACUCAGGGCGUUCAGAGACUGAGUGUGCGGCUGUCGGAGCCCAAACAGGUCCUGCAAAACUUACUAGAUGAUCCGGUCUCCAGAAUGGAGGCCGAGGCAAAUCAAGAUGCAAUUCUCUGCGAAACUCACUCUAAUGUGUUGCUGAAUUUGCACACAAUCUUCCAGACCAAGUCCUGCUCGAGGCGAUCGCGACAUCGGGCUCAGCGUUCCAGCAAGCGACCCAGCAGCAGCAGCAGUGCCAGGGGCGGUAUACACCGAACCCAAACUCAAGAUGAGAGGGAACCGCAGCAGCAGCAACAGCAGCAGAUUAGUGAAGGCCACCACGAAGAGACCCUACAUCAUGUAUGACGUGAUUGUGCAGAUUGCGGCGUCCAGCCGCGACGCAUUGACACGAGGAAACAGCACGGCAGAACGAAGGCCCGCUAUCAUGUCGGCUCGGGCUGUACCGCAAUUGUGCUCCAUGGACUCAGUGGCGUUGGCAAGACAUCUCUGGCAAGGAAUUAUGUGCAGCAGGCGCAGUCGGCUGGACACUUUCAAGGUGGCAUUGUGAGGCUGAACGCUUGUGACAGCCUCACACUUGACACCAGUAUUAGACAAGCAAUGCACAGCCUAGGCGUCCCUUUAGUCAAUGUGAAGGACCGGCACAUCCAGCAGCUCAUGGCUGUGCUCCGAGCACGGCAACAGCAGUGUGUGGUGAUAGUUGACAAUGCAGACGGCGAAGAAGUCCUUCAGCAAGAGGGGCGGUAUGAGAUGUUUUGGCGAGCACUGUUAUGUCAACAGUCGGCCUGCAUCAACGUACUGAUCCUGACCUGCUGCUCGCUAUUGCCGGUGGACUUGUCGCGUCGGUUGACGGCUGUGUGUGAAGUGCUACCUAUGACCAGGCUGGCGUCGGCCUGGGCAAUUGGCCGUGCCACUGGUCGCCUCUGUGCUCACACAGCACUGCCGCGUACCUGCUACGAGCUCAGUGCGGCACUGGCAAGGAGGCCGAGCUGUACGCGUUGCCCAGUCCGUUGUCAGAGCAGCGGGCACUCGGCCAAAAGUGGCGAAAGUGGCCGGCCUGCGGCUGAACGUCUCAACCUGUGCGAAAACUUGCCGCCAGCCGACUGUGCAGUUGGUGAUCAAACAUGCAGGUCCCAUGUUUCAUCUGAAGCUACUCAGCUACUUCAGCUGGCCUCAUCGCCGCUCAUUGGUGGCCUGCCUCUGGCUGUUUUCAUGGUUUCUUCCGCCCUGCAUCAUCAAUACGACGAGGCACCAAGCCCAGGAAUGGGAACAAGAACAGAUCAGGAUCAUGAGUCCCCAGGCAACGGUACUGCAGAAGCAUGGCUUCGUGGUAUUGCAUUCCAGGAUGCUGGCAGCGGCAUCUCCAGAUCAGCUGAUGCUGUGAACAUGGUGGAGUUGACAUGUCAGCAGAGUGUCCGUUUGUUGAGCCGCCCGGCACAGCAGCUGUUGUAUAUUUGCUCAUUCCUUCAGCCCGACUACAUACCCAUGCCACUUCUAACACAGGCGUGUGGCCGAGGUAUCCUCCCGACUGAGCUUGACUCAUUCCUGAUGCCCGGCGAGCUGCGUGUUGACUUGAGCACGGAGAGGUCUGCCUCCUUUGUCUCGCAGCAGAUGCUCAAGCUGCUCUGCGAGCUGCGCACAACAUCUCUGAUAACAUGGACAUGUCGUUCUGAAGAUGGCGGCUUCUUGCAGUCGAGACCUGCAGCAAGCAACUAUCACAUGCAGCAGCAGCAAACGUUUUCCAUGCACCGUAUCACCAAGAGCGCGGUACUCAAGACCCUGCGCGCGGACAGGAAUCAACUCAACCAGUACCUGAGUUGCACGAUUGAAAUGCUUUUGCUGAGCAUGAUGUUGUCGCCGAAUACCCACUACAACAUGCACUAUAUUGUGCCGCAUACACUGCAGCUGUGCUAUCACCGCGAUAUGCUCAUCCAGGCCGAACACCUCAGUCAAACUCUGAAGUCCUCGCCAUCUGCAUGCAGGGAGGACUCCUCAGAAGCUGCACCGGACACUAUCUUGCGUCACCUAUGCCUUAUCUACAAGGCCAUCAACGACAACCAAGCUAGUAUUCGGCCAGAAUCCCUACACAAGCUAGUUGACACUGCGGCUUUCCUGUUGCAGCAUCUUCCAAACCAAUAUGGCUGGGCGCGUGGCGUUUUCUCACCGGCAAUUGCGAACGAGAUCCAGAUCCAGACUUGUGAUGAGUUUCUUCCUGGUGUGAAGCUAUUGCUCCAGUACCUGGACAGUGCCAGUGCGGAGUGUGGCAAGGGUGUUCUCUAUGUUCUAGUGACCGGUCUGGUUAUCUACAGUACAAGCACUUACCACACACACUAUGCUGACACAAUACCUCGCUACUCUGGUCUCCUUCGUCAUCUCGUGAACUGCAUCCAGAUUCCAUUCUCCCGCUCCGGAGAUGUGAGGGCUAGUGCCAUCCUGGCGGUGCAGUGGUUUGAGAAUGCCAUCUUUUAUGUGCUCACAACAAUGGCUCUGUCUCUUGCCAUCCCUCUGCCAGGUUACGCCAAAGGAAUGUUUGAACACUCAGAUUUCCCCCGUCGACUGAGUCGCCAAUGCCACCAUGUUUUCCGUUGCUAUGUACACCUGCUGGCCAAGCCGCAUAGCCUGGAUCGGCAACACAAUGUCCUUAUCGAUGUCGACAGAUGGUCUUGGGACUGGAGUGUCCGCAGCCAGCCAGCGUCAAGAUCACCAAAAACACACAGGGGAAGCUGUGGGCUUGAUUAUGCCUUGCUAUCGAGCACGUAUGAGGUUCAGAAAGUUUACGGAGACGGUCUGUCCAUAAUGGCACUCCUGGUUCCCCUUGUGCUUGUUUUUCUGCUCUUUGUCGCCUAUGGUGAGCAGCGGAAGGCGGACAUAUGCAUGCAGCGCAUCUAUUCGCUGGUGGCAGCUCGUCUUGACACGCAGCACAUGGCGCUGGCCGACAUGCUGAAUGCUGUCGCAACUCAAGUUUACGCUGGCUGGCCUCCGAAGCAGGGAGCGAUGCUGAAAGAGAUUAGCACCCUCGACUGACAGAGCAAGGAAGAAGCAGUACGCCCCAAGCCGACAGUAAAAAAAGACAAUACAUUAACUUUGCACUGUUUGUGUUCCUGCCUCAGUCCCGGGCCACAAAAUGGCCAGGGUUCCGCACAUUUCUCGCUGGCUGCCACACAACAACUAGAAGAUACAGGUGACGUUCUCAUACCAACCAUGUCACAAGCUGUACGAAGAUUUUUUUGCUGCUGUAAGUCUGUAAUUCAAAUGUUUGCGCUAAUAUUUCUCUUGCAACGUGUGAGUUCUUCAGCUGCAUGUUGUGAUGUAAGCAUGCCGCUCUGCUAGUGUGACAAGAUCUUAGAAAGAGUGUGCAUUCCAGGCAUGUAUCAUUAAUUUUCAUCAGUGCACUGACGACUAGUCGACUGUACUUCGAGUUCGUCCAUAACGUUAUAAUGGGCACUUUU